AUGAGUUCAAAGAAAGCCAAAAUUGCAUUGGUAACAUCCGUUUUAGCAGUAGGCGGAUUUAUAUAUUUUAUUCACUAUGACCAAAAAGAUGCAAGAAAGAAAAUGAGACAAGGAGUAUUGAUGGAUAUUCAAAGACAAAAAUAUAAAGAAAGUUUAAAAACUGAUAAUAAUAAUAAUAAUAAUAAUAAUAACAACAAUAGUGUUGGUAAUAAUGUUGUUAGCAAUAAUACUGAAAAAGGAAAUUAG